GUGAAGUGUGACUUCAGGUCUGUUGACAAGGAGUCAGACUGGGAGGUUUGGCUGGCGAAUAAGGAGAAGCAGGCUAGGACGAACCUGCUGCUCUACAUGGCGUGGAGGUACUUGUCUAUGCAGAACAGUGGCAAAGCUGUGAAAUUGACAAUGCUGUUUUGCAUUGAAUGCGCCAAGGAUCCAAAGGUGGUCAACUGCCUGUUCAGCAGAACCAAGUUCUAUGGUGUCCAAGAUCAAUUGAAGCUCUCAAAUGAUUGCAUGGCUGCCAUUGAGAAGGAGCCUGUUUGGGUGUACCUUGUCAAUGAGGACAUGUACCUCAAGGUCAAAGAGAAGUUUGAGCAACUUGUGGAGCCAGUGCCUGGCUAUGAAGAGGAGGAGGUGCCUGGCACCCAACCAACCUACAUCAACUUGGAUGAGGAGCCCUCACAACUGUUCCAAGCCUCACCUGACAUCCUUGCCUCCCAAAUGGAUAUUGAUGAGGAUGACAUUGGUGAGAAGGAGAAGGAGAGGAAGAAGAAGAAGAAGAGGAAGCACAUCCCAGAGAGUGAGGAUGAGGAAGGUGGCAAAGAGGCUGAGGCAACACCCAAGACAGCUACCAAGCAUGCAGCCAAGGGCAAGGUGAAAGACAACCAAGUACCUAGCAACAAGGACAAGGAGGAAGGUAGUGAGGAGGAAUUCCCUGAUGUUGAAGAGAUGAAGCCAGUGAAGAAGGCCAAAGCACCAGCCACACAUCUCGCCAAGUGCACCAAGGUGACAACCUCCCAACCACCCAAGGUGUGA